AUGGUCAGUCCUGAGAUCAUCAACAAGAAGGCAGCACAAAUUGCAUUCCUAUUUGGGACUGGAGUCAUUUUCCUGAAGAACAUUCCUCUGUCAUUAGUAUCCAAAGUGAUCAAUCAGAAUCCCCAGGUUUUGCCGAAUGUCACCUUGGGUUAUGACAUUUACGAGAACUAUUAUGAAGCAAGAAUGACUGCUGAUGCCUUGGCAAACCUGCUCUCCACUGGACAGGCGAAUGUUCCGAACUACAUUUGUGGAAGAGAGAAGAGGCUGCUGGCUGUGAUUGAAGGGGCCGAGUCUGACAUUUCCAUGCAAAUUUCCACCAUGACGAGCCUCUACAAAAUGCCACAGUCGCUGCCUCGCUCCAGGUGUACUGAAAGCUGUCAUCUUGGCCAAGUCAAGGUGGUCCUGGAAGGAAGCCCUCUUUGUUGCUACAGGUGUAUCAUGUGCGCAAAAGGCACCAUCUCCACACAGGAAGAUGCAGAGAAGUGCACAAGAUGUCCAGAAGAUCAGCAUCCAAAUAAAGACCAAACCAAAUGUAUUCCCAAGAAAGUAACCUUCUUGUCUUACAAAGAAGACUUGGGGAUAAUCCUCGCUUCAUUUAGCCUCUUCUUGUCUUUGGUCACUGCCUUCAUCUUAGCAAUCUUCAUCAAAUUCUUAGAAACUCCCAUAGUCAAGGCCAACAACCGGGACCUCUCCUAUAUCCUCCUGGUCUCUCUCCUGCUGUCCUUCUUGACUUCCCUCCUCUUCAUUGGUCGUCCAAGGGCAGCCACCUGCAUUCUCAGGCAAACAUCCUUCAGCAUCAUCUUCUCUAUUGCAGUGUCUUCCAUCUUAGCUAAAACAAUCACAGUGGUGCUGGCUUUCCUGGCCACAAAACCUGGGAAUGCUGUGAGGAGAUGGCUGGGAAAGACUUUGGCCAACUCCAUUGUUCUUUCUUGCUCUGGUCUCCAAAUUGUCAUCUGUACCACCUGGCUGGGAGUUUCUCCCCCAUUCCCUGAAUCUGAUACUCACUCCCAGCCAGAAGAGAUUGUUCUGAAGUGCAAUGAAGGCUCUGUCACCAUGUUUUAUGGUGCCCUCUCAUACAUGGGCUUCUUGGCUGCCAUCUGCUUCACAGUGGCUUUCCUGGCCAGGAACCUCCCUGGGGCCUUCAAUGAAGCCAAGCUGAUUACCUUCAGCAUGCUGGUCUUCUGCAGUGUUUGGGUAUCUUUUGUCCCCACCUACCUGAGUACCAAAGGGAAGUACAUGGUGGCCGUGCAGGUCUUCUCCAUCCUGGCCUCCAGUGCUGGACUGCUGGGCUGCAUCUUCAUCCCCAAAUGUUACAUUAUUUUGGUACGACCUGACCUGAAUACAAAGGAGCAACUAACGACAAAAACUAAAGAUGACUUGAAAGUAAAUGGAAAAUAA